AUGAACCUGAUCAGUCCGGUCGACCCCGACGAUGGACCAGCCAGCCGAGAAGAGUUUCUACAGGUCGCGGACCGGAGAGCCAAAUUCAAACUGCCCCAAAGUGACUAUACUUACUGGAGGAGAUUCAAAUAUCUGAAACUCGGCGUUGAAGUGACAGUCUUCUAUCAGAAAGACAUGGUGCUGGAAGAGAUCAAAGCCUGGAGAGUGCUCGAGCAAUGGACUAGAACUAUCUUCGCAGAUCUCAGCAAGCAGAAUGAUCAAGUCCACCCGUAUCACAAAGAUCCUUAUACGCUACACUACAUCACUGUCGAAAGCUUCAAUCAUCUUGGCAUGGGUAUCAUGGCAGAUAUAAGGAACUCAGCUGACAAUUACCUUCCCGGUACCCUUUGUCUCCCGCCUUCGAUGGAAACGACCAAAGUAGGUAUAAUGGUGACCGUUGCGUGUAAAGUCACCGCCGCCGACAUAAAAUACCGAAAGCUACCGAGUAUCGCCAAGAACAAGUAUGUGAUGGUGAUAGGGCGGCCUCGCAUUUCAGCCGGCCGGCUACAAUUCCUCGAAAUCCCAACUGGCAUAUUUACAGAUAGCGGUAUAGAGGAUAUUAUCGGAUGGAAAGAAAUUAUGCGUUUGUUGCCUGGACCACCGUCGCGGGUUCUCAACAUGUCCGAGAUAGCGAUUACAGGGGCCGCGCCUGGUAGUCCUGGACUAGUUCAUCAGGGAAAUCUAGCACUUGGUGUCCAACAUGAUGGACUUCGGGGCUCGGUCCAGAACGGGCAUACUUAUCAGCAUACUCAGAUUAUGUUACGCGAACACAAACUACCAUUAGAAGAGUUCGAAGCCUUAGUGACGAAGGUACGUAACGGAUUUAUGGAGGAUCGGACUGGCACGAAGUUGCCAGACAGUGGGUCAACUGUGAGACUGGUAAACUUGGUCAAUAUGCCCUGGGCAUGUGUGGGGGAUAUUUAUUCUAUGCUGGCCUGGGGACUGUACAACAAUCUCGAGGCCACUCAGAGGAUUGGAUACGGUCCUAGCGCUUAA